GGGUGUGUAGGAAACAGGUUAACCAAAGUAUUUAAGAGCAGGUGGAGGUGCAGGUAUCUGAGCUGUGUUGUCUGAGGUGAAGUUGACAAGGAAGAUGAUCCAUUUACUCAGUGUAGCAUUUUCCAUCGCUCUUCUAAUGAGAGGAUGUGACGCACAACUGGAUGUGUGUGGCAGAGCAUCUCUAAACACAAGGAUCGUUGGAGGACAGAAUGCAUCACCUGGUGCUUGGCCGUGGCAGGUCAGCCUUCACAGGAGCGGCAGUCAUUUCUGUGGUGGAUCACUCAUCAACAAAGAAUGGGUUCUGACUGCAGCUCACUGCUUUGCAAAUACUUCACCCUCUGGCCUAACUGUGUACCUGGGCCGACAGACACAGGAAGGAACAAAUGCAAACGAGGUGUCCAGCAGUGUCUCUGAAAUCAUAAAACAUCCAGGCUACAUUAGCAGCACUCAUGACAACGACAUCACUCUUCUGCAUCUGUCUUCACCGGUGACAUUUACUGACUAUAUCAAACCAGUCUGUCUGGCUUCAUCAAGCAGUACAUUCUUCAACCGCACUGUGAGCUGGGUCACUGGAUGGGGAAACAUUAAGACAGGCGUUGCCCUGCCCUCACCGCAAAAUCUACAGGAAGUACAAGUGCCUGUUGUUGGAAACAGGCAGUGUAAGUGUCUUUAUGGAGUCUCAACAAUCACUGACAACAUGAUAUGUGCCGGACUAAUAGAAGGAGGGAAAGACUCUUGUCAGGGUGACUCUGGUGGUCCUAUGGUCAGCAAGCAGGGCUCAAUCUGGGUCCAGUCUGGAAUUGUGAGCUUCGGCGAUGGUUGUGCUUUAGCUAACUUUCCUGGUGUGUAUGCCCGAGUGUCUAAGUACCAGAGCUGGAUCAAUGAGAAGAUCACCACCAGCCAGCCGGGCUUUGUUACAUUCACCUCCAAUGGUACCGAUGGUGAUCUGGCAAUUAGCUGUAGUGGUGUGCCUGCCAUUCCCACAACCACUGUCGCCACUACAACAACUACAACUGUCGCACCUGUAGUGUGUGGAAGCGCCACGCUGAACACCCGCGUUGGAGGAAACAGCUCCCUCGCCUCUUCCGGUGUUUGGCCUUGGAUGGCAAGCCUGCAGUUUAACGGCAGUCAUGUUUGUGGAGGAACGCUGAUUGCUCAACGCUUUGUCAUGAGCUCUGCCAGCUGCUUUACCAGAUCCACCAAUGCCUCUGACUGGACCGUGAUCCUGGGACGUCUGAAUCAGAACGGCUCCAACCCCAAUGAAGUCUCUAUAAAAGUGGCCAAUCUCACACUCAGCAAUGGUACAGGUGACAAUGUUGCAGUAUUGCAGCUGGCUGUUGCACCAAACCUCACAAAUUUCAUUCAGCCUAUAUGUGUGGACAUGGGAGGCAAUACCUUCAGCGCUAACUCUCAGUGCUGGGUGGCAGGAUGGGGCUCAGGAGCAGGAGGAGUGAUUCAAACUCUUCAGGAGUACCAGACCUCUGUUGUGAGUUGUGGAAACUCAUCCUCAGACAACAGUAUUUGUACAAGUUCCUUGAACUUACAGCAGGGUGAUCAGGGCGGUCCGCUGAUGUGUAAGCUGGGUCAGUCGUGGAUCCAUGCUGCUGUUUUGACCAUACCAACACUGACCAACAGUACCGCAUCCCGCUCUGCUCGUGCUCAAGAUGUCCAGGUCUUCACUAAAACUUCCAGUUUUGCCUCAUUCCUGACAUCUGUUGUGGGUUCCUUCCCUACAAGCGCAGCAAAUAACUCAACCCUGGGAGCCUCUAGUGGCUCACAAACAUCAUCUCCCUUCUGUUUCACUGUUUCAGUUCUCUUACCUGCACUUUACUACACAAGUGUGAACAUUUAAGAUCUCUAUUGUUCUCUCAGACCAUGAAGCUGCUGCCUAUUGUUCUUAAACUGCACAAUUACACUGUAUGACUUUACACUGCUGGUAACAAGUGCAUAGCAAAUAAUGUUUGUAACCCUGUGGUUUACUUAUAUUUACACCGUAGCAGUUGCAGCAUGUAGUUGUUAUUCAGCUUGGCACUUUAUGGAAAUUUCCCAUUUGAGUGGUUCAGUUCUAAUAAUUUCUCUACCGUAGCUUAACUAAUGAGUACCUCAAACUGUACCACAUUUUGGACAUUACUGUAAGUUAAAUAUAUUAAAGAAUAGGAUAUAUCCCUUUAAUUAUUGUUAGAAAAUUGAUGAGUUUUUCAUAAUGUGAAACUAUUUUCUGUUUUUUUUCAUGUCUAUUUAUCUUUUAUCUCUUUUAUGAUAUUUUCGGAAGUUGUUAUCAUAUUAAUUCUAAUGAAUGAAGUAACUCUUUUCAACACAAUGUUUUAAGACUGUGAAAAGUAAGUGUAUACUUUGUUGUAAAAAAAAAUAUGAUUAA